GUCCGCGCUGUCGAGUAAUCAAACACACCCCUCCUCUGGUUGAGUAACAGUCAAGUAAGUUAGCGUUAGCUUCGUCUGCAAACUGAGGAGGUAGUUAGCAACCACCGGCAAACCGCAACAGCACCAAGAUGCGUGAAUGAAAAAGAUUUAAUCAGAUAACGAUUUGUGGACACCCAGAUAAACUACCGCAGUGGCGCAAACUUGUUUUAUUUUGUCGCCAUGUCUUUCGGAAAGCGUAAAAGACACUACAAGGACAUAAAGUGUGUUUUCUUUCCCGAUGAUGUGGAUAAUGGUCUCCAAAAAGUGGGCAGAGAGCCAGCAGCACUUUCAUCUGUGUCUUCUGCCAAGAGCUGGGAGAAGUGUGGAGACAGUUUUCUGGACAGUCCAGCGAUGAAGAACCUGAAGUCAUCUGGAAGGAAACUGUCUGCCAUCAGGAAGUUGGCACAGUCCCCUGCUUUAGACAGUCGAGAGGACUUGGUGAACAUUGCGUGGAGCUCCAGUGGAAGUGAACAGUCUGAUAAUGAGACCCAGGAGCAACAUCUGUCCAGAGGUGUGGUUCAGCAGCAACAACGUCCUCGGAGACCAUCGAGACCCACAGCUCCCAUCCAGUCUUACACAAGAGCACUGCGCAUGCUCAGCACUGAUAAAGACGAUCUUCCUGUUAUUGACACAGACAGUGAUCUGGAUGAGUCUGAGUCUGUUGAUGAGGACAGCGGGCAACAAAUCUCUGACUGUGGGUCAGAGUCCUUCGAUGAAAAACAGGAAGACUUGCCUCCUAAAUCUACAAAUAUGGCAGAGCUAGAGAUCUCCGGCUACGUAUCUGACAGUGAGAGUAUUGGCCACACGAUGACGUCGAGCCGGCUGGACUCUGAGAGCUGUCCUCUGCUAACUGGUGAGGGCAGCAAAAGGUCAGUCAGUGACUGGGUCAGAUCUGCUCAGGCGAUGCUGCAGACGCCUCAGAAAUCGUUCGCCAGGCAGUCCAAGACCCCAGAAGACUCUGCCAAAAAGAGAAGGAAAUUUCAAAGCGGAGGUCUCGCUGAGAGGUUGAACCGACUCCAGAGCAGACAGAGGUCAGCUGUUAGCUUCUGGAGGCACCAGUCCAUCUCUGACACCUCAACGGCCACAGUGGACAGGCCUGGCGUACUGGUGCUGGAGGUGCUGGAGGUUCAGGAGGAGUGCAGCAUGCAACUGGCGCUCUGCGAGCACCAACGGCCCCCUGGAGAGGGUCACCAGCACGAGAGUCCUGUCUCUGAGGGGAGAGCUCACAUGCUGGCGUUAUUCAACAGAGAGACUGCAGCCCAGCUGCUCCCUGCACCCAGGGAUAUCAUCCACAUAUACCCACCAUGGCAAAGUCUGUCCAUCGAGGGGUUCAGCUGUGAUAUUAUUCUGAACACACACUUCAGCCAGAAAGUCUUCUCUGCUUCAAAGCUAGCGAACAUGUCCUCUCCCAGAGUCCUGUUCUCAGCAGAGAGGUGCAUUCCGUAUUCUCUGUGUCUGACAUUUGGACUGGAGGACGUAAGCAGGACCACAGAAGAGAACAAUGUCAAACAGGUUGCCCUCAAUGCUAUGUGCAGUUACGGAGGUUCGGGAGGUUUGACGAGACACUGCCUUUCCCUCCUGGAAGCUAUCGAGAGCCUGGGCCAGGCUGGCUCUGUGGAGCAGGACGUGGAGGUGGUGGUUCAGAGAGUUUACUCCAUCCCGGUGCCUGACUGCUCUCCAAUGACCAUCCUUAAACCCAGAGUUCCCUCCAGGUCUUCCACAACUCCUCCUUCGGCAGAAAAGGGCAAAACCAGACUCUGUGUGCUUGUCCAGGACAGCUACGGCAUGUUCAGCGUGGUCCAGCUCCACCUCCUGCCCCACAAAGACGACCUCCACCAGUACUGCCGCAUGUGGCAGGGGAGGACCUGUGUGCUGACAGGCAUUAAAGUGGUGCAGCGGGUCACUCGAGAGAGGCGCACCAGGCUUUUCAGCUUGAUAGACAGUCUGUGGCCCCCAGUGAUGCCUGUUAAAGAUCAUGGAAACACACCCUGUAUGUCUACUGAAAGUAGAUCUGCAGGUCCAGCUCCAAGUUUCUGCUACCUUCUGUCUGGUCAGGAGAACUCGGUUGAACCCGUUGAGGGGCAAACUGUGUCCCCGCUUUACCUUCCGCCUACAACACAAACGUUACGAGACAUACAGCAGACUGAGCUUAAAAGUCGCUGUCGCUGCAGUUUUAUUGCCACUGUCGUAUACAAGAGAACAUUGCAGAGCAGUGAUGUAGGACAGGGUGAGGUUUGCUUGGUGCUGACAGACCCCAGUCUUCAGGAGGAGCAGCCCGAGAGGCCGUGCAGGCGAACAGUGGCCCUAUGUGUGAACACUUCCUGCGUGCUCACUUCCUCUGUCCUCGAAGCACUAAAAUCCCCCGCCGCCUGUCGCAUGUCAUUCAGAGAUGCCAUCAAAGAACAUGGUGUCAUUCUGUGUGUGGAGCAGUCGGUUGUAGAAGUUUGCCCCGUGGCUCCUGCCAGCAACUCCUCAGCCCGGCCAAACUCACAUUCACAGUCACUAUCUGAGCCCGAGGCAAAGACCCUGCCCCAACCUGUGAGACUGGAUCCUGUGAGUCCUGAGAUAACACCCAACUCCCUCUGCUCUGUCACAGGAGUGAUAGUGGGUGUGGAUGAAAACACUGCUUACUCCUGGCCCACCUGCAACCACUGUGGGAGCGACAACUUAGAGAUGUUAGCUGAAAGAGCUGAAAACUUUCGCUGUGUUUCUUGCAAAUUGGUGGUGGACAAGCCGAACACGAGGAUCCAACUGGAAGUGUUCCUGAGUUCUUCGUUAACUAAUUGCACUUUAAAAGUUAAGCUGCAGCAAAAGACGAUCAUGUCCAUCCUGAACACCGCAGCACUGGAGGGCACUGAGUUCCCAGGUUACGAUGUUGAGAAUGUCCUGGGAAAAGAGGUUGGUCCCCUCGCCGUGUACGUCCGAGUCGUCACCAGGAAACCUGCCCUCUGGAUCGGCCUGGAAGAGAUCAGCCUGUGAGGCUGUCAAGGCGAUGAUAUCAAUCCUCAGGCUUCAGCUGGCUCCAAGGAUCUGAACACUAGACUUGUUGGCCUGAGCCAGUUCGGCCUCCCCCCCCCCCCCCCCCCCCCCCCCGACCCCCUUCUGAAGGCCUCCCUGACAGCUUCAGGCUGUGCUGGGCUGCAAGAAGACAAGGUCUUGUUUGUGUUAAUGAUAUGUGAGCCUGAAGACCAGGAGUUGACAGCCCAAGGGUAGACCAGUGGCAUGCAGUGUGUCAAAGCAGCCCACGUGGUUCAUCAGAUGGGUUGUGACUUUUUUUGACAAUAAACAGAUUUUGUGCGCUGAAAGAAACUUAUUUUUCCAACUCAUCUACCUCUGUAUUUAAGAUUACUGACAAUAUGUGUCAAUAAAAGCUGUACUUUUGCUGACUUUA